UCACGUGACAUUAAUGUCGCUAUGUUCACAUAGCUCUUGCUGUUUCCUGUACCAAAAUCCUGAAGCCUGUCUCCGCAGUCUGCAACCAAGCUUCUCACCCCAGCUUUAUCACAGGGGAAAGUCUAACGGUGUACCCCUAACCUUCGAAAGCCAUCCAUCAUCGGUCUGUGACCUGUCCUGCCAACCAUCACCAUUGUGCUUUCCGCGAGACCUGUGGCGAGGGCCGCUGCGAUUUGAGGAACUCUGCACACGAUUUUCGUUGGGGAGCUGGUUCUUGUUAGCAGCUACCUUGCUAGCUAGCUAGUCAAAAAGCGAAAGGAACAGUAUGUUUUGUGUACCACCUUAGUGGAGUUAUAUAGCUUGUUUUUAUUUAUGUAAAAUCGUUUUUCGUUAGCUAACUAUCUAUCUAAAUAGUGAAUUGCACCUGACCUGAUGGUGACGUGCUUUGGUGAUUGUCCUUACAAACAUCUGUCAUGCUUGCAAAGUAGCUGCGAAACAAACCGUCAGCAACAUUUACCCCUGUUGCUGUUUUAGGAAAAACUGAGACAUAUCAGUUCAUUGUACUGAUUUGCGUCGGAAAGUCUGCCAGAGCAUUGUAAAAGAUUUCGAUAUGGCACCGAAGAGAAGACCCGUUCCCUUAAAUAUCACGCCCAUUGGAGAGGGGCAGUCCAUCUCCACAACCAUCGAUGCUGCGUCCGAAGCCAAUCUAGAGGCCUUACAGAAGAAGCUAGGAGAGCUAGAUUUGGAUGAACAGCAAAGGAAACGUCUGGAGGCUUUUCUUACUCAGAAAGCCCAAGUGGGUGAGCUGAAAGAUGAUGAUUUUCACCCCAUAUGUGAGUUGGGGGCUGGCAACGGUGGAGUGGUCAACAAGGUCCGCCACAAACCUUCUAGACUGGUCAUGGCCCGGAAGCUCAUCCACCUGGAGAUCAAGCCUGCCAUCAGGAACCAAAUCAUCAGGGAGCUGCAGGUGUUGCAUGAGUGUAACUCGCCCUACAUCGUGGGCUUCUACGGAGCCUUCUACAGCGACGGGGAGAUCAGCAUCUGUAUGGAGCACAUGGAUGGAGGCUCUCUGGAUCAGGUGCUGAAAGAAGCCAGGAGAAUCCCUGAGGAGAUCCUGGGCAAAGUCAGCAUAGCAGUACUCAGAGGACUUGCCUACCUGCGGGAGAAGCACCAGAUCAUGCACAGAGACGUCAAGCCCUCCAACAUCCUGGUGAACUCGCGCGGGGAGAUCAAGCUGUGUGACUUUGGUGUGAGCGGCCAGCUCAUCGACUCCAUGGCCAACUCCUUCGUGGGAACACGCUCCUACAUGUCGCCGGAGAGACUGCAGGGCACACACUACUCCGUGCAGUCGGAUGUGUGGAGCAUGGGCCUGUCCCUGGUGGAGCUGGCCAUUGGCCGCUACCCCAUCCCCCCUCCUGACUCCAAGGAGCUGGAGGCCAUCUUUGGGCGUCCUGUACAAGACGGCGCUGAGGGGGAACCACACACCAUCUCCAACCGCCUCCCCAGGCCACCAGGAGGAAGACCAGUCAGCGGACAUGGGGUGGACAGUCGACCUGCCAUGGCGAUAUUUGAACUGUUGGACUACAUUGUCAAUGAGCCUCCUCCCAGGUUGCCACUUGGUGUCUUUACCAACGAUUUCCAGGAGUUUGUCACAAAAUGUUUGAUCAAGAAUCCAGCAGAGAGAGCUGAUCUGAAGAUGCUGAUGAACCACACAUUUAUCAAGCGUGCUGAGGUGGAGGAGGUGGACUUUGCUGGCUGGCUGUGUAAAACCAUGGGCCUCAAUCAACCCAGCACCCCCACCCGCGGCACUGAAUGAACAGUCCAACAUCAAGCUGCUUCUCACAUCAGGAUCCCUGUCCCUCCCUCCCUCCCUCCCUCUCUCUCAAUCCCUCUCCUUUCUUUCUUUCUCUCUCUCUCUCA